UCUCUCUCCUCAUUACUUUGCGUCCAUGCAUGGUUCUCUCUCCUCUCCAGACAACCACCUCAAGAAAAAACCUCCUCCCAAAUUUCCUCCCUGCCCUCUUCCCCAGGGCACCACCAAACAUGGGUAACUGCUGCUCCCAGGGCGAAGAAACCCCGCCGGACCCCAACGAGAAGGAGGAGGCGGAGAAGGAGAAGGAGGAGGCGGAGGCGGAGGCGGAGGCGGAGCCCAGCCCCAUGACCCCUCCUCCACCGGGCUCCCCGAAGCCCCCCUCAAAGCCCCCCGCCGAAAUGGGGUCGGUCCUGGGGCGGCCGAUGGAGGACAUCAACGAGCUCUACGAGGUCGGGAAGGAGCUUGGGCGAGGGCAGUUCGGCGUGACCCACCUGUGCACGCACAAGCAGACGGGGGAGCAGUUCGCGUGCAAGACCAUCGCCAAGCGGAAGCUGGCCAACAAAGAGGACGUGGAGGAUGUGCGGCGGGAGGUGCAGAUCAUGUACCAUCUCACGGGGCAGCCCAACAUCGUGGAUUUGAAGGGCGCCUACGAGGACAAGCACUCCGUCUACCUCGUCAUGGAGCUCUGCGCCGGCGGCGAGCUCUUCGACCGCAUCAUCGCCAAGGGACACUACACCGAGCGCGCCGCCGCCUCCCUCAUGAGGACCAUCGUGCAGAUCGUGCACACCUGCCACACCAUGGGGGUCAUCCACAGGGAUCUCAAACCGGAGAACUUCUUGCUCUUGAAUAAGGAAGAGGACUCGCCGCUCAAGGCCACCGAUUUCGGCCUCUCCGUCUUCUUCAAGGAAGGGGAAGAAUUCAAGGACAUAGUGGGAAGCGCGUAUUACAUAGCACCGGAGGUGUUGAAGAGAAAAUACGGAGCAGAAGCAGAUAUUUGGAGUAUAGGGGUGAUGCUCUACAUUCUUCUCUCUGGGGUUCCUCCGUUUUGGGCAGAAUCGGAGACGGGCAUAUUCAACGCCAUUCUACGAGGGCAUAUCGAUUUCAGUUCGGAGCCAUGGCCCUCCAUUUCAAAUGGAGCCAAGGAGCUAGUCAGGAAGAUGCUGGCUUCAGACCCCAACCAGAGGCUCACAGCAGCCCAAGUGCUGAAUCAUCCUUGGAUUAAGGAGGACGGAGAAGCACCGGAUACACCACUGGACAACGCGGUUCUGAGCAGGCUGAAACAAUUCAGAGCAAUGAAUAAGUUCAAGAAAGUAGCACUACGGGUGAUCGCGGGGUGCCUGUCGGAAGAAGAAAUCAUGGGGCUCAAAGAACUGUUCAAGGGGAUGGAUACAGACAACAGCGGAACAAUAACGUUGGAAGAGCUCAAGCAAGGGCUCUCCAAAUCUGGGACAAAGUUAACCGAAUAUGAAGUCCAACAGUUGAUGGAAGCUGCUGAUGCCGAUGGCAAUGGCACCAUUGACUAUGAGGAAUUCAUCACUGCAACAAUGCACAUGAACAGAAUGGAUAGAGAAGAGCAUCUUUACACCGCCUUCCAGUACUUCGACAAAGACAAUAGCGGGUACAUUACAAUUGAAGAACUAGAGCAAGCUCUCAAAGAAUUUGGCAUGGGUAGUGACAAGGACAUUAAGGAAAUCGUCUCCGAAGUUGAUGCUGAUAAUGAUGGUCGGAUCAACUACGAUGAAUUUGUAGCAAUGAUGAAGAAAGGUAAUCCAGACAUGGCAGCAAAUACCAAGAAAAGAAGAAGUGGUGUGUUUACUACAGAGUCCCCCAAAGACUAAUAUAUGAUCUUUAUUUGUAUAUUUAAAAAAAUAAAUAUACAAAUAUAUUAACCACCCACAAUUCUUCAUGGAGGGAAGGCGAACUUAAUUCUCUGGAGAUCCAAGAGAUACUAAUAUGAUAGGGUUUAUGUACAAAUAUAUUUAGAAGUGUAGGAUUUUCUAUAUACCAUGUAUAAUUAAUGAUGUAUCUAAAAAGGUCGAGUCUUCUGCUGUUCCUUCCAAUGACUGAGUGAACUCGGAAACAAGGGUAGAGAGAUCACUACACAUCACCAUGCGAUGUGGUCAGUAUCAUUUGAUUAAUACUAGUAUUUGCUCUC